UAUGCCGUGAUAAUUGUUUCCCCUUAAGCAUCCAACCUCCUAGUCAACUAAGAGAUUAGCAGCUUUGGGAAAUAUCCAAUUAUUUUUCCCAGCAGAAUAAACCUGGGCUACACAUUACCAGCUUUAACGAGCUAAGCAGCGGACCACAAGAGACGGCCGUUGGAGACCACGAGCUCAGAGAUCUGUCUUUGGAGGCCAAACCAGGAAGAGGUGAUGUCAUGAUGGCUAUCACUUACAAUACCCCAGCCAGCUCCAGAUGUACAGACCCCCCCCUUCUCUCCUGUGGUAUGACCUCAGCCAUGAUGAACAGAGGGAACAUCUGCUCGAUGAUCUGGUGAGCAGGAUGCAGGUUUGAUUUGACAGAAGACAAUCACAGUGAGGGGGUAUUUCUGGAAAUUUAUUGACUGCUGAGAAGACCUGAUCUUAAAUCCUGUAAACUGAGACGCAUCUGAUUUCCCAAAGGACAAACACUCUUAGUUUUGUCCCCUUUGUUUUCUAAGACUGGACUUUCCAUCUCCACUACUCACACUUAAUUUGGACAGACUGGAGAGAGGAGGAGGGCGUCUCGUCCAACAUGAACGUCACCUCACUCUUCUCCUUCACCAGCCCAGCUGUUAAACGGCUGCUGGGUUGGAAGCAGGGAGACGAGGAAGAGAAAUGGGCAGAAAAGGCUGUAGAUGCUCUGGUAAAGAAACUGAAAAAGAAGAAGGGAGCCAUGGAGGAGCUGGAGAGAGCUCUCAGCUGUCCUGGUCAGCCCAGUAACUGUGUGACAAUCCCUCGCUCCCUGGACGGACGGCUGCAGGUGUCCCACCGGAAAGGUCUGCCUCAUGUCAUUUACUGCAGGGUGUGGCGAUGGCCUGAUCUGCAGUCCCACCACGAGUUGAAGGCCUUGGAGUGCUGCGAGUACCCCUUUGGCUCCAAGCAGAAGGACGUGUGCAUCAACCCCUACCACUACAAACGAGUGGACAGUCCAGUGCUGCCUCCUGUAUUGGUACCGAGGAACAGCGAGUUCAAUGCCAAGCAUACAAUGUUGCCUCGCUUCCGCAACCCUCUACAACAGAAUGAGCCGCACAUGCCCCAGAAUGCCACCUUCCCAGAGUCCUUUGCUCAGGCCAACACGAUGCCUCCCAAUUUCCCACAUUCGCCAGGAAACAGCUAUCCAAACUCCCCAGGAAGUGGCAGCAGUGCCACUUUCCCUCAUUCACCAUCCAGCUCAGACCCCGGCAGUCCAUUCCAGAUGCCAGAGACUCCCCCUCCUGCCUACAUGCCCCCAGAGGAGCCUAUCUCUCAGGAUUGCCCCCAGCCUAUGGACACCAACCUCUUGGCUCCACCUUUGCCUCUUGAGAGCAACAACCGGCCAGAUGUGCAGCCUGUGGCCUACGAGGAACCCAAGCACUGGUGCUCUAUUGUUUACUAUGAGCUCAACAAUCGUGUUGGAGAGGCGUUCCAGGCAUCCUCCACCAGCGUGCUCGUCGAUGGCUUCACAGAUCCCUCCAAUAACCGCAACCGAUUUUGCCUCGGUCUGCUCUCCAACGUCAACCGCAACUCCACCAUCGAGAACACUCGGCGGCACAUCGGCAAAGGUGUCCAUCUGUAUUACGUUGGAGGGGAGGUGUAUGCAGAGUGUCUGAGUGACAGCAGUAUUUUCGUCCAGAGUCGCAACUGUAACUACCAUCAUGGCUUCCAUCCCACAACUGUGUGCAAGAUUCCCAGCGGCUGCAGCCUGAAGAUUUUCAACAACCAGGAGUUUGCAGAGCUGCUGGCCCAGUCUGUCAACCAUGGCUUUGAGGCCGUUUAUGAGCUCACCAAGAUGUGUACCAUCCGCAUGAGCUUUGUUAAGGGCUGGGGAGCAGAGUACCACCGCCAGGAUGUUACCAGCACACCCUGCUGGAUUGAGAUCCACCUGCAUGGUCCUCUGCAGUGGUUGGAUAAAGUGCUAACCCAGAUGGGCUCCCCCCACAACCCUAUAUCCUCCGUCUCCUAGGCUCCACUGUCCUCAGCCCUGCGGCUGUCCACACCCCAGCAUUUUGGUCAAAGUAGCAAGACAAGGGUCACAUAUCAGCCUGUGGUUCAGCCAAUUCACUUUUGUCAAUAACUGAAAGUGGUUUGAAUGAACCGCAUGCUGAUCUGGGAUUAGUAGGGCUGGGCGGGUUGUUAGAUGGGUUGGUUUGUUCUCUACUUGAAGGAUGUCUGAAUUGGGCACAUUUACAGUCUGGGAGAGGAGUAAGCAAAGUGAGCGUGAUGCAACUGGAAGAUACUUGAUCUUUGUGACCAACUGUAAUAAUUCGACCAUCACACUCAUUAUGACGCAAAUAUCCUCCCUGCUCUUGCUCCCACACCAUCUCUAUAUUCAUUGUUCUAUUAUUCUGACUCAUUGCUAGUUUGCAUCUGAAGUUCCCUCUGUGUAGUUCCAAUAAUUAUGGGACAUUCCAGGUCACCAAAAUUGCAGUUGGCUGCUGUCACUGUACUGAGGCUGGCAUGAAAUGUGCUUAUGACGUAAAAAAAAAGAAAAAAGUUAGCAGGGAGUUUGACCAAUGAAAUCAAAAAUUGUUAAACCAUCUCCAGAUACUUAAACAAUCACGUCAUAUCUGAAAUCAUGUUUUGGAUGAUAAAUAAAAACAUUCUAAAGUAUGAUCCCAUAUUACAGGUUGUAAAAUAAUAGGAAGGGAGAAAAUCAGAGGGAGUUUGAGGGUUUGGAGUGGGGUUUUGUGUGGGGGCAUGGCACUAAAAGGGCAUUUCAGACAAUUCAGAAAAAAGACUAAUGUUUAAAUGUUGCUCAUCUUGUGUUACACUCGUGUUUCAAAUAAAUUUAAAGAAAAAGGAUAGUGUUUAGAUAUAUUCACUAUUAGAAUAUGUGCUGUGCAGUCUGGUUUGCAAAGCAUAGUUUGGUUAGCGUAGUGUUACACAUUUAAAGACUGGUAGCUGAACACACAAUGAAGCAGAGGUAAAUAUAAGUGCAGUUUAGUUUGUUUCUUGCUGUAUUCUCUGCAGCAAUCAAUUGUGUCAAAUACAGAUUCACAUUGAGGACAUUAAUAUUUCUGUUUCCAUGCUUCAUUCUCUUAUUACACCAACUGAGCAAAUCUUGUAAAAUGACUGUUGUGGGAAAAUGUUGAGCAUUCAAAUUUUAAUUGUUGACUGAGAAGAGGGUAUCAGUUACUGAUGGCCCUGUAUUAUUUUUUUUUAUAUAAAAUACAGAAUUUGCCAUUCGAUUCUUUAAUGCUUUGAGCAAUCUUCUUUGCUAUGAAACUGUAUUACUCUUUACAUUCUUUUGUAUUUUUGAACAUGUUUCUGUUUCGUUUGUCUGCACUUUCACACAUUGCCUUUGUUUAGUUUUUUUUCCUCUCCUUAUGUUUGUGCUCAGUAAAACUCCCAGAAAGCAGUUUUAUUCCAUGAAUAUCAAGCCUCUACUGGAAGAUUCAAUAAAUUUGUUUCAUUA